AGAUUAUUGUCAGUGGUUAAAUAUUUUUCAAGAUAAGUAAACGUACCAUGAGUUUUAACAACAAAGUGGUCAUAGUGACUGGCGCGAGUUCCGGCAUUGGAGCUGCUACUGCGGUACUGUUUGCUAAAGAAGGCGCUCGCGUGGUGAUGGUGGGCAGAAAUGAGAGCAAGCUGAGCAAGGUCGUCGAGCAGUGCGCCCGCGGCGGACAUGCGCCGCUCGUCAUCAGGGCUGAUGUCGCUAAUGAUGACGAUGUCAAGAGAAUUGUCGAUGAAACUAUCAAUAAGUUUGGAAAGAUUGACGUCUUGGUUAACAACGCUGGAAUGGGUGUUUACAGUGGUAUCAUGAAAAAAGGUGGGAAUAUAUUAAAAGCAUACGAUGAAACAAUGGCAGUGAACAUGCGUGCAGUUGUUCAUCUUACCACUUUAGUUGCCCCUCACCUUGUCAAAACUAAAGGCAAUAUUGUGAACAUAUCUAGUAUAGUAGGAAAAAUGACACCAAAAACGAAGAAUAAUAUAUCUUAUAGUGUUUCUAAAGCUGCGUUAGAUCAUUUCACUCGUGGUGCUGCUUUAGAGUUAGCAGCUUCAGGUGUAAGAGUGAAUGCAGUUAGUCCAGGUCCAGUCAGAACAGAUUUCUUGGAAAAUGCAGGCUUAUCAGGAGUCUCCUGGGAUAAUGUGGGUACAUAUGUUCCACUUAAGAGAUGCUCUGAACCUGAAGAAAUUGCUGAAAUUAUACUAUAUUUAGCAAGCGAUAAGGCAAAAGGCAUCACUGGAUCGGAUUUUGUUUCUGAUAAUGGCAGUCUUUUACAAUUUAAUGUGCCGCAAUAAAAACAUUACAUUUGUAAA